AUGUCUGGCGCCUUCACCAUGCCGCAUGCCCUCACAGGCGGGUCGGGAUACAAGGCCAAUCCCACGUACGACGAGUUCCUGCGCCGGCACAGCGGAUUCUACCGACGUCACAGUGCGGCCUCCAACGCCAUGGAGACGGACCGACGAGCCUCCCAGGCAGUUCUCGACGAACACGCCGCGGCGGCUGCGCAGGCAGUGCAGAACGUUGCAGCAACAGCAUCAGCCGAUGGCGCACAUCGCCGAUCCAGCGUCGCGGUGGCCGAGGGAGGCGCCGCCACGGCUAACGCCAGAAAGGGCAGCGUGGCCGUCGCCAGCGACGUGACUCGAAAGGACAGUAUAUUUGGCCUCGAGGCGACCGGUGGGCGGAGAAUGUCGGAGCAGCGCAGGCCAAGUACCUCCCUCGCCAGUGACUUGUACCACAAGAUCAAGGGAGAUCACAAGUGA